GUAGCAGGACACACACCGCAGGGAGAGCACACAGUCACAGGAGCAGCUGUCCCAAACAUCCCAACAAACCCACCCAUCAAAAUGAACACCGACCCGGUUGUCAUCGUCUCCGCUGCAAGGACUCCAAUUGGAUCCCUCAACGGCGUUCUGUCCACGGUGCCUCUGCAUGACCUGUGCUCAGUGGUGAUCAAGGACAUCCUGAAGCGGGCCGGGCUCAGGCCAGAGGAGGUCUCUGAGGUUAUCAUGGGACACGUCUUGACCGCAGGUCAUGGGCAGAACCCAGCACGCCAGGCCAGUGUCGGGGCGGGGAUCCCCUACUCCGUCCCAGCCUGGAGCUGCCAGAUGGUGUGUGGCUCCGGGCUGAAGGCGGUGUGUCUGGCAGCUCAGUCCAUUCAGACCGGAGAGUCCACUGUGGUGGUGGCAGGAGGCAUGGAGAGCAUGAGCAGGGCUCCUCACACUCUGCACAUGAGGGCAGGGGUGAAGAUGGGCGACGCCUCCCUGCAGGACUCCAUGGUGGCCGAUGGCCUGACAGAUGCCUUCCAUGGCUACCACAUGGGCAUCACAGCGGAGAAUGUGGCCAAGCAGUGGGGUAUCAGUCGAGAGGAGCAGGACCAGUUCGCCGUCCAGUCCCAGAACAAAACAGAGGCUGCCCAGAAAGCAGGGCAUUUCGAUCAGGAGAUCGUCCCGGUCAUGGUGCCGUCCAGAAAAGGUCCAGUCGAAGUGAAGGUGGAUGAGUUUCCUCGCCAUGGCAGCAACUUGGACGGCAUGUCCAAACUCAGAACCUGCUUUGUUAAGGACAGCAGUGGCACAGUCACUGCUGGAAAUGCCUCAGGUAUAAAUGAUGGAGCAGCAGCAACCAUCCUCAUGAGCCAGUCAGAGGCGAAGAGGCGUGGCAUAAAACCCAUGGCUAGAAUUGUUUCUUGGGCUCAAGCUGGCCUUGACCCAUCAGUCAUGGGGACCGGACCAAUACCUGCCAUCCAGAAAGCGGUUGAGAAAGCAGGCUGGCAGCUGGAGCAGGUUGACUUAUUUGAGAUUAAUGAAGCUUUUGCUGCCCAGUCUCUUGCUGUAGUUAGAGAACUUGGCCUGAACAUAGAAAAGGUGAAUGUUAGUGGCGGUGCCAUCUCUCUGGGCCAUCCCAUUGGUAUGUCUGGCUGCAGGGUGCUGGUGACCCUGCUGCACGGGCUCCAGAGGACUGGAGGUCAUAAGGGUGUGGCUUCCCUGUGCAUCGGAGGAGGGAUGGGCAUCGCCAUGUGUGUGGAGACGGUGUGAGGUUGUCAACUAAACACUACUAUAUGGAUUGCAUUCAGUGGAUAAAAGGACACCGAUACUAAUUGUUUACAAAACAGCAGAAUAUGGCUUACAAUGGUAACAGUGGUUUACCAUGGCUCUCCCUGUCACUGCACUUGAGAUAGAAGUGUUGUACAUGUUGUAAUUGCUGGAUGUUAUCCAACAAGAGGACUGGCUCUCCAGUCAAAUCUGCAAUGUUCACUGUGAAACUGAAUCUUAAUCUACUUAUCUCAAGUCCUUGCUGUGUAGCAAGUGACUUAACAUUUAUGGAUGAGGGAUUUUUACGAAGGGUACCUAAACAGACGAGGGAAGAACUAGACUUUACUGAUGGCCUCAGUUGUCUUAUCAUAUAGCUUGAGGGGGAAGAAGGGAAAAUCAAAUAUUUAACACUUAGUAGUGCAGGUGGUAGAAGUGAACACUUGAGAUAUCUAAGUCAGGGCUUUAAUACUGGCUAAUAGGAUAGUUCUUGGCUUAAGAAAAUCUAGAUCUAGACCCUCCCUUUAGUGAAUGAACUCAAACUAGUGUACUGGUAGUUCCUGAUAAAUUGCACCAGCCACUCACUAGAUUCUGCUUUCUGUAAAGAUUUGUUGCUGUCUCAAUACUUUCACAUUCCAUGAUCUUCCCUUAAGUGGAAUCCAACCCAUGGAUCUUCCUUUAGGAUCAACAGUGCAGAAUAUAACCUUGAAAAGUGCCAUGAGGCUAAGUGUACUGGCCUGCUCUACCCCAGUGCUUCCUUGAGAUAGGUGUAUGUUUGUGAAAAUGAUUUGACCUGUUAAGGUUGUUUACUUAAAUCUGAAGCUCUUAAACAUAUCAAUAAAGAAUUAUAACCAACUUGA